AUGAUCGCUCAAGUAUUCAUCGUCGCCGCUUUGGCCGCCGCCGCCAGCGCUGGCAUCGCCACCUCCUACGCCAUCGGCGGCAUCGGCCUGCGGGGGCUUGGGGGCAUCGACGACGGGAUAGGUCUCGAGGGGGGAAGACUCGGCGGACUGGGAAUCGUGGGGCACGGGAUUGGUCUCGAGGGGGGCAGACUCGGCGGACUAGGAAUCGUGGGGCUUCGUGGAGGCGCUCUGGUCGGAGGGCACGAGCGCGUAGUCGACGUUUACACUCCACCCAGGUACGAGUUCAAGUACGGAGUCGGGGACCCCAAGACUGGUGAUCGUAAAGAGCAAGCCGAAGCUCGUGUUGGGGAUGUGGUGAAAGGUGAGUACUCUCUCGCUGAGCCUGAUGGUACCAUUCGGGUGGUGAAGUACACCGCUGAUGACCACAAUGGGUUCAACGCGGUGGUGUCCAGGAUCGGGCAUGCGGCGCAUCCUCAGGUUCUUCUAGCUAGAGGAGGGCUUGAGUUGGGGGGGAUUGGGCUCAAGCGGUUGAUUUAA